AUGUGCAUGCAUGUGGUGCAUGGAUAUUAUAAUAACCAUUUCCCGUUUUUAGCUGCUGCUCUCUUAUGCUCUCUCUCUCCCUUUUCAAAGUAAAUCUCUCUCGUGGGCUAGGGAAGUGUUUAAUGCUGUAUACCAACUAUGUUAUUCCUGCAACAGCACAUGUGUGAUACAUAGCUAGGCUUGCAUGAGUAAAGGGCUCUCAUAACUAUCUACUCAUUAGCUCUAACAAGUAUUUCAACUACGUGAUAUCGAGGCAUCCAAAACAAUUCGAUGAGCACCUAGCGAGCAAGCAGAGGCACUGGACUGGUAUAUAAAUAUUCAUUCAAGCAAAGACAAGACGCAACAACUAUAGCUCCAUGAUCGUCAUCAUCUCAAACAAGACUCUUCAUCAUGUCGGGACAUGGUCGGGAUACUCGUGAGCAUUCAUCGACAUCAUCGUCGACAUCAUCGUCAUCCUCAUCAGCGAGGUCGUCUGGUAAAUGUCCUCUAAUUCAUUUCUUACUCUGUUCGCUCACGGUGGCUCAAGUCGGUCUGCUCUCUCUAUUCCUCAUCUGGACAAUCAAGACUUGUUAUAGUCGAUAUCAGCGCGUUAUUAUUCUAUACCCUGUCGAGUCAAACCCGCACCUCCAUUCGAAUAGUAUUACCAGUAAAAAGGCCAUCAUUCAUCUCCAUGGAAACCAGAGUAACAACUUGAGUCAUCUUAUAAACGACAUUCAUGAUGAGAGAACUACUUUCAUCAAUAAAAGCAUACACAGAGACUUAUCUAUCAAUGAUAUAGAUUUUACUAUCGUUGGUACGACACACUCUAAAGUACUAGCAAUGACACUUAAAUGGCUAGAAAGUUUGAUGAGGCUGAAUAUAAGCUAUGACGUCACUUUACUCGUAGAGGACCAACGUGCCUAUAAAAAUCUGUCUCAAUUCAAAAUUAGAUCGAAAACCUUAGAGAAAACGCAUUUAGUAGCCCGACGAGUGCUAAAGGAGACUCAACUUAAGAAUUCAUCACUGCUGUCUGAUAGUGACGUCAUAUUGAAGAUUCUCACUUUGGGUAAAGGCGUACUGUAUACUUCAACAGAUUCAAUUUGGUUGAAAGAUCCCAUGCCUGGUAUAUGGGAGAGUUAUUACCAGUGCCAUGUUUGUAUCCAACACGGCAAGAGCGAGCUUCAGGGUUUUAUAUUUUUGAAAUCAUCGCCAAAUGUCAUAUCCGCUAUUAAAGCACUGGAAACGAAAUUGACUAGGAGGAAAGCGAAGAGUUUACGAUCAUCGACGGUUUCAGCAGACAUCUUUCUACAGACGCUAAAGACUGGAUUUCACAGAUUCUCGACAUCCCUUGGCUUGAAUAUAUGCUACUUGUGAUUUGGAAAACAUAUUAACAUAGGCGGAUCCAGGGGGGCCCGAGGGGCCCGCCCCCCCCCCUAUUGGCAGAACAAAAAAAAGAGAAAAAAGGGGAAAGAAAGAAAAAAAAUAAAAAGAAGGGAAGAGAGAGGGAAAAAAGAAGGGGAAACAUAAGAGGAAGAAGACGAGUGAAUAAAAUGAGAUGAGGGGAAGACCUGGAAAAUAUUUUUUUUAAAUCUUUCAUGUCACGAUAUAAAAUUUUCGCUCGCGCUUCGCGCUUGCAUUGCCUUUUAGGUGAUUUACAUAUCUUGUUCAAUAUGGAGUUUAAAUAUCAAGUUUGGAAGUCAAUAUACAAAAAAAAACAUAUUUCAUCUCAGAAAUCGAACUUUCGUUAU